CUCUCUUCAUAAACACACAUACAAGAUUCUACAAAAAUGAUCAAACUGAAAUCAAGUAGACUUUCACGAAGCCUUUCUAAGCUACGCAACGGCGGUAGCAAUCGCAAUGAUGGUGGUAAUAAAGGAUGUGACAAGAUGCAAGGUGAAACGGUCAUGAAAAUGGGCGAAGUUAAAUGGGAGUUGCGUCCUGGUGGUAUGCUUGUGCAAAGGAGAGAGAUCGGCGGUGAGAGUGUAGCGGAAGGGAUCAUUACUAUUCGCGUCACAACGGUUUCAGAGUGGCAUGAUAUAUCUAUUCGCGCAACUUCAACUUUUGGAGAACUUAAGAUGAUAUUAUCAACGAUAACAAGUUUGGAGGCAAAAGAGCAAAGAGUAUUGUUUAGAGGGAAAGAAAGAGAAGAUGGAGAACACCUACACAUGGUCGGGGUUAGAGACAACGACAAAGUGUUGUUAUUGCAAGAUCCAGCGAUAAAGGAGAUGAAGCUUCGUGGAUUAGCCAAACCGCAAAUAUAUCGCACAAUUACUGUAUAAUAGAGCUAAAAUCAAUAACUUGUACUUGUGUGGUUGAACUUGUAACUAAGAUAAUACAAGUUCAACUCUUAUUUUUACCCUCUUAUUUUUUAAGGGUAAGAUAUUAAUUGUUUGUGAUUUGUUUUUUAUAUAAUUAGAAGAGUGUUGUAUGCAAGAAACCUAUUGUUAGGUAUUAUACAAAUAUAUAAUGGAAAUGUAAACUCAAGAUUAUUAAUAUACUAAGAGAAUUAGAACUAGAUAAA